CGCUAGCGAGGGGUGAGAGGAACAACAACAUUUGUGGGCUGCGCGUUGACGAAGUGCAUGUGAAAUUUUUCGUUCUUAGGACAAUUGUUAAUUAUCUACUGGUCGGAAUUGGCCCGCAAUCACGUGUCCGUGUAAUAUGUGAACGAUUAAGAAGUCGGGUAUUGGAAUCUGAUUCACAGGAAAAUUAUACGAAGAAUAUAUUUAAAAUACAAGUUUUCAAAGUCCAGUUAACCUUACGUAAUUGUGUGUGAUUAUAAGCGACCAAAAUGCAUCUCGAUCCCCAAAAAUCAGUUCAUUACGCCUGCUAAGAGUGCUAAAAAUUAUCGCAAACCAGUAUCAGCGGUAAAAGAGUGCGAAACAAGGUAUAAGCGUAACAAGAAUCGGCUGAAGGCGGGAUCCAGAACAGGACUCGAUCGGCUAACCGGAAGCGGAAACGGUAACGACAAACGGAUACGGAAGCUGGCAAGAUGGCCGCCGCCCACAGCCACCACAAUGCCAAUCUGCUCAGCUCGGACAUCUCUCGCCGAAAUCCACAAGACGAGUACGAGCUCAUCCAAAAGAUUGGCUCAGGAACCUACGGCGAUGUCUAUAAGGCGAAAAGGAUACAGAGCAAUGAGCUGGCCGCCAUCAAGGUGAUCAAGCUGGAGCCCUCCGACGAUAUACAGAUCAUUCAGCAGGAGAUCAUCAUGAUGAGGGACUGCCGCCACCCGAACAUCAUCGCCUACUAUGGUUCGUACCUGCGACGGGAUAAACUCUGGAUCUGCAUGGAGUUCUGUGGCGGUGGCAGUUUGCAGGACAUCUACCAGGUGACUGGUCCCCUCACCGAAGUCCAGAUAGCGUACAUGUGCCGGGAAACCCUCAAAGGACUCGAGUACCUGCACUCCAUGGGCAAAAUGCAUCGGGACAUCAAGGGUGCGAACAUCCUGUUGACUGAGUACGGCGAUGUCAAGCUGGCGGACUUUGGAGUUUCAGCGCAGAUCACGGCCACAAUCAACAAGCGCAAGAGCUUUAUAGGCACGCCAUAUUGGAUGGCACCCGAAGUGGCGGCCGUGGAGCGAAAGGGUGGCUAUAACCAGCUAUGUGAUAUUUGGGCCUGUGGCAUAACCGCAAUUGAGCUCGCUGAGCUGCAGCCACCGAUGUUCGAUCUGCACCCGAUGCGGGCCCUCUUCCUGAUGUCGAAGAGCGGCUUCAAGCCGCCGACACUGAACAACAAGGACAAGUGGAGCCCCACGUUCCACAACUUCAUAAAGACGGCGCUGACGAAGAACCCAAAGAAACGACCCACCGCGGAGCGCCUGCUGCAGCAUCCCUUCGUCCAGUGCGAGAUGUCCUUGCGGGUGGCCAAGGAGCUGCUGCAGAAGUACCAGAGUCCCAACCCGCAGUUCUACUACUAUCUCGAUGGCGAUGAGGAGUCUGUGGCCAGUGUGCCACAGCGCAUUGCCAGCAAAAUGACGUCACGCACCAAUGGCGUGCCAGCGCAAAAUCACACACUAAAAACAGGAAUGACGACGAACUCGACGUGGAACGAGCGAUCUUCUAGUCCCGAGACGUUACCCAGCGACAUGAGCCUCUUACAAUAUAUUGAUGAGGAGCUGAAGCUAAGAGCGACCUUGCCACUGAACAACGACACCAAAGAUCCACUCGCCGCCGAGUGCAGUUGCGCCUCCCACAAUGGAGGAGGGGCCACCGGGGGAGGAGGAGGAGGUGGAGGAGUGUCAGGCGUUGCAGGCGGGGCAGCCGCGAACGGCAGCAGCAGCAGUGGCAGCAACAGCGGCAGCGGAGCAGUCGGCAGCACCCAUCAUCAGCACCAUCAGCAGCAUCACCACCAUCCGAAUCACCCGCAUCAGCAUACGCAACAUCAAAUGCAGCAGUCGCAGCAGCAGCAGCAAGUGGCACAUCCCCUCCAGCAGCAGCAACAUUUGGCGGCACAGCAGCAGCAACAACAGCAGCAGCAACAACAACAACACCUUCAUCAUCAUCCAAUGAGCACGUCCAUAUCGAGCGGUUCGAUGACCGCCAAUGCCAACUGCAUCAGCUCCUCCGCCUCGCUGGCCUCCAUGCCGGGUCUCAGUGCCUAUCUGGGAAUGGGCACCCAUGUCGCCACCAGUGGUGCUGGCGUCGGUGGUGGUGGCCACAUGAACCACAUGGGCCUGGGACUGGGCAUGGGCAUGGGCGGUGGCUUGGGUGGCUUCACCCAUGGUCUUGGCCUUUCCAAUUUGCGCACCACCAGCAUCGAUGCCGAUGACGACGAUGAUCUGGUGGCUGCCGAUGUGGCCAUGAAUAAUGCUGCUGCCGCCGUUCCUGGCAAUGGUAUCGUUUCCGGUUCCGGUUCCGGUACUGGUUCCGUUACCGGUUCCGGUUGCUCCGCCUCUGCGGCGCACUAUCUGCGGUACAGCAGCAAUUACCGAUCGGCCGCCGCCGCACAGGCAUCGCAGGCGGCCCAGCCGAACGCCAACUCGAUCUCGAUCUUGAACAAUUCGAACAACGGCCAUGGCCACGCGCCGAUCUCAUCUAGCAUCUCGUCCUCUGCGUCAUCAGCUUCGUUUUAUAAUCGCCUCCUACUCCUCGAUAAUUCCAGCGGCGAUGCAGUCGUCGGCGGCAACGGCGUAGGCGGCGGCAUCAACAACAGCAGCAGCGGCAACGGCGGUGUGGCAGGUGGAGGUGCCACCAAUGGCCUCCUCGACAAGCACGAUGCGGCGGCGGAGGCAACCAACCAAGCUGGCAUCAACCAGUCCAUCGGCGAUGGCUUCUUGCAUUCCAACAGCUCGGCGGCGAAUUCGGCCGUGGCAGGAUCGACUGGAUCGAGGGACAAUGACGGACCCUCGUCGAGCAACUCAUCGCAUCUCUACCAGAAUCUGCUGAGGAGCAGCUCUGGGGAAUCGCCGGCGGGAUCCAGCUCGGCGGGCAACAACUGUGAUUAUCGGCACGAGAGCAACCAGAAUGGACUAGAGGACUCGCCUCGACGCCACAGCUCCAUGGAUCAGCUGAUUGGGGUGCUCGAAAACCUGGGCAAAUCCUCGAGGACACGCAGUCUCAGUGAUGGCGGAACUCAGGACGAUGACGAAGCAGAGAAGGAAGCGCAACCCGAUUUGCUGAACAACACACCACCGGUGCCACCGAAACGAUCCCACAAGCGGCGACACACGCCCCCUCGACCGAUCUCCAAUGGACUGCCACCCACUCCCAAGGUGCACAUGGGCGCCUGCUUCUCGAAGAUCUUCAACGGCUGUCCACUGCGGGUGCACUGCACCGCCUCGUGGAUCCACCCGGAGACGCGGGACCAGCACCUGCUGAUUGGCGCCGAGGAGGGCAUCUACAACCUCAACAUGAAUGAGCUGCACGACGCGGCCAUCGAUCAGUUGUUCCCGCGACGCACCACCUGGCUGUAUGUCAUCAAGGAUGUGCUCAUGAGUCUGUCAGGAAAAUCCUGCCAGCUCUACAGGCACGACCUGGUGGCCCUGCACUCCAAGCAGACGGUGCGCUUCUCGCUGCACAUGAACAAGAUCCCAGAGCGAUUGGUGCCGCGCAAAUUCGCGCUGACCACCAAGGUGCCGGAUACGAAGAGCUGCACGCAGUGCUGUGUGACGCGGAAUCCAUAUAAUGGAUACAAGUACCUCUGCGGAGCGACGCCCAGCGGCAUUUUCCUGAUGCAGUGGUACGAUCCACUGAACAAGUUUAUGCUACUGAAGCAGUGCGAGUGGCCAGCCAUCAGCAUUCAGGGUGGCGGUCAUGGCUGCGUCCAAAACGGCCACACGCCCGUAUUCGAGAUGAUUAUCACGCCGGAAUUGGAGUACCCCAUCGUUUGUACGGGUGUGCGAAAGGCCAUGAACGGUUGCCUCAAACUGGAGUUGAUCAACAUGAACAGUGCCAGCUGGUUCCAUUCGGAGGACCUGGAGUAUGACGCCAUGGCCACGAUGGUGCCGCGACGCGACCUGCUGAAGGUGGUGCGUGUGCACCAGGUGGAGAAGGACGCCAUCCUGGUCUGCUACGGCAAUCUGAUGCAGGUGGUCACGCUGCAGGGCAACCCCAAGCAGCACAAGAAGAUGGUAUCGCAGCUCAACUUUGACUUCAACGUGGACAGUAUUGUUUGUUUACCGGACAGCGUUUUGGCAUUCCAUAAGCACGGCAUGCAGGGAAAGUCGUUGCGCAAUGGCGAGGUGACGCAGGAGAUCAAGGACAUGAGUCGCACUUACAGGCUGCUGGGCAGCGAUAAGGUUGUGGCGUUGGAGAGCCAGCUGCUGAGGACCGGCUCUUUGGGCAGCGAGGAGGGACACGAUCUGUACAUUCUGGCCGGACACGAGGCCAGCUACUAAGCUGCGAGGCGCCCGCUUAAUCCACUGUUAUAUUUUAAAUAUACUCCGGUACACGCCACACAAGUUUUAAGGGCAGCCGCCACAGCCGCAGCCGCCGUCGUUGUCAACUAUUAACUGUAAUUUAAUUACUCGUAGGCUAAGCAGUGAUUUACUGAUUAUAGAGGACUAGAGAGAGCCAGUUGAAUGUCGAGCGUUCGAUAGCUUAGAUUAGCGCAAUUUUACCGCACCUAGAAGAGGCAGCCUUCGAACAAGGGAUCCACACAACCACAAGCACACCGAUGGGGAUACUCGGCCCGAUUCGCUAUCUUUCGAUCUGCCGAUCACUCGAUAUAUUAGACGUAUGCGUUAGCGUCUGCGUCUGCCCGAUUCCGUUGUAGCUAUAUUUUUGUAUUACAAAGAAAUGCUUUAAUUUAUACAACUAACUUUAAUGAUCUACGGUAAUUGCUACGGAUAGUUAUGUUAGAGAUUUGUGUACACGCCUCACAAAGCCAAUAGAUACGUUUCCAAAUAGUCAUUCAGCAGGAGGAUCCAAUUAUAUAUACACUAACACAUGCAAUUAUCCAGAAGAUUCGAGACCCACUAAGGCAAUUAGAACUAAUAAAUACUUUUUAGUCUAUAGCAAUUGUAAAUCGCAACGUUUUUAGCUGGUUAAACUGCAUUCGAUUGGCUCAAAACCGCAACGGAAAUUAAGUGAGGAUGAUGGAACGAGAAUGGGGGGGAGGCGAUUUAGGAUGAUACGGUUUGUUGGGAAACAAAACUAGCUAGUAAGACUUUUCUAACCUAGUAACACGAAUUAACAAGAAAAUUAAAUGCAAAUUAAAGGUCUGUAUCUGUAUGUUAAACAAGUAAACUGAUUGUCAUAGUUACGGUUCUAGGCUAAGCUAGGCGAUGAAAACAGACAAUUUUCCGAGCAGCACUUUUUCGUCGAUUGAGUUGUAAAAAUAUUCUACUAGACCUUAAGUUAACUAGUUCAUACGAAGAAGCAAAAAACCGAAAAUUACAAACUAAUACGGAGAAAAGCAAACAAAUAAACCCACAAAAUUGUUAAACUCUAGUUUAGUGCAAGAAUAAAAAGUACGUGAAAGAGAAA